AUGAGAGAAAUAGUACAUGUUCAAGCAGGCCAAUGUGGUAAUCAAAUUGGUGCAAAAUUUUGGGAAGUUAUUUCUGAUGAGCAUGGAAUAGAUCCAAGCGGUACCUACAGAGGAGAUAGUGAUUUACAAUUAGAAAGAGUUGAUGUUUUUUAUAAUGAAGCAACUGGAGGUAGGUACGUACCUAGAGCCAUAUUAAUGGACUUAGAACCUGGUACUAUGGAUAGUGUUCGUGCAGGUCCAUUUGGUCAAUUAUUUAGACCCGAUAACUUUGUUUUUGGUCAAACUGGAGCAGGAAAUAAUUGGGCUAAAGGACACUAUACCGAAGGUGCAGAAUUAAUAGAUGCUGUAUUAGAUGUCGUUAGAAAAGAAGCAGAAGGAUGCGAUUGUCUUCAAGGAUUUCAAAUAACUCACUCAUUAGGUGGUGGUACUGGUAGUGGUAUGGGAACUUUACUUAUUAGUAAAAUAAGAGAAGAAUAUCCAGAUCGUAUUAUGGAAACAUUUUCUGUUUUCCCAUCACCAAAAGUUUCUGAUACUGUCGUUGAGCCAUACAAUGCAACAUUAUCAGUUCACCAAUUAGUAGAAAAUGCUGAUGAAGUCCAAGUCAUAGAUAAUGAAGCUUUAUAUGAUAUAUGUUUUAGAACUCUUAAAUUAACAACCCCAACAUAUGGUGAUUUGAACCAUUUAGUUUCAGCCGCUAUGUCAGGUGUUACAUGCUCCUUAAGAUUUCCAGGUCAACUUAACUCCGAUUUAAGAAAACUAGCUGUUAAUUUAAUUCCAUUCCCUCGUUUACAUUUCUUUAUGAUUGGUUUUGCUCCAUUAACAAGUCGAGGAAGCCAACAAUAUAGAGCUUUAACUGUACCUGAAUUAACUCAACAAAUGUUUGAUGCUAAAAAUAUGAUGUGUGCUAGUGAUCCAAGACACGGAAGAUAUUUAACUGCAUGUGCUAUGUUUAGAGGUAGAAUGUCAACUAAAGAAGUAGAUGAACAAAUGUUAAAUGUUCAAAAUAAAAACUCUUCUUACUUUGUUGAAUGGAUUCCACACAAUACUAAAUCAAGUGUUUGUGAUAUUCCACCAAAGGGACUCAAAAUGGCAGUUACAUUCGUCGGAAAUUCCACAGCUAUCCAAGAAAUGUUCAAGAGAGUGUCCGAUCAAUUUACAGCUAUGUUUAGAAGAAAAGCCUUUUUACACUGGUAUACUGGAGAAGGUAUGGACGAAAUGGAAUUUACAGAAGCAGAAUCAAACAUGAACGAUCUUGUUUCCGAGUAUCAACAAUAUCAAGAUGCAACUGCUGAAGAAGAAGGAGAAUUUGAAGAAGAAGAGGGAGACGUUGAAGCUUAA